GCCGCCGCCGCCGCUCUGCGAGGACCUGGGCGCGCGCUCUCCGCUCGCGGGUGGUGGUGCCUUCAGCCCCCGGCCCGCACCCCAGCCAGUGGCAGCUGCCUCAGUGUCUGUUUGGCCUGCACUCCUGGACCUGUGCUCUUGCUCUGCACCUUGAAGUGAGAGAUGUCCGUGACCCCCACGGGGAGGAUCCCACCAGCCAGUAUUUCUCAGAUGUGCCCAGUCAUCGGCGGCCCCUGACCCAAGCAGGACCGGCUGAGCCGGAAGCACUGGGUGGACCGCUCAGGACACCCAGGUCAAUGGGGAAGGAGGCCUCGGCGGCAGGACGUGGGUGGAAGACUCCAGGCGGCUGGCAGUGAGGGGGCGCUCUGGCACCGUGCACCAUGCAGUUUGGGACAGGACACCCCUGAGCAAACAGACCCCUCCUCUCCUGCCCCUCUGUCCCUUCGGGGGGUCUCCGCCCGGCUCUCACCUCAGUUCCUGUGGGCAGGGGCCUCCCGCCAGGACUGUCCCGAUGGCCGGGUGCCAGUGGGGUGUGCUGUGGGCAUGCGUGGCGGCCACCCUGCUGCACGCGGGCGGGCUGGCUCGCGGUGACUGCUGGCUGAUCGAGGGCGACAAGGGCUUCGUGUGGCUGGCCAUCUGCAGCCAGAACCAGCCGCCGUACGAGGCCAUCCCGCAGCAGAUCAACAGCACCAUCGUGGACCUGCGGCUCAACGAGAACCGCAUCCGCAGCGUGCAGUACGCCUCCCUGAGCCGCUUCGGGAACCUCACGUACCUCAACCUCACCAAGAACGAGAUCGGCUACAUCGAGGACGGCGCCUUCUCAGGUCAGUUCAACCUGCAGGUGCUGCAGCUGGGCUACAACCGGCUGCGGAACCUGACGGAGGGCGUGCUGCGCGGCCUGAGCAAGCUGGAGUACCUGUACCUGCAGGCCAACCUCAUCGAGGUGGUCACGCCCAGCGCCUUCUGGGAGUGCCCCAACAUCCUCAACAUCGACCUGUCCAUGAACCGCAUCCAGCGGCUGCACAGCUCCACCUUCGCCGGCCUGUCCAAGCUCUCCGUGUGUGAGCUCUACAGCAACCCCUUCUACUGCUCGUGCGAGCUGCUGGGCUUCCUGCGCUGGCUGGCGGCCUUUACCAACGCCACGCAGACCUACGACCGCAUGCAGUGCGAGUCCCCGCCGCUCUACUCCGGCUACUUCCUCUUGGGCCAGGGCCGCCACGGCCACCGCAGCAUCCUCAGCAAGCUGCAGUCCGUCUGCACAGAUGGCUCCUACGUGGUCGAGCCCCACCCAGUGCCGGGGCGCUCAUCCCCCGGGCGCUCCCCGCCACCCCCCGCGCCCCCCGAGCCCAGUGAGGUGCCCUGUGCCGACGAGGAAUGCUUCUCGGGUGACGGCACCACGCCGCUGGUGGCCUUGCCCACGCAGGCCACCCAGGCUGAGGCCCGUCCUCUCAUUAAGGUCAAGCACCUGACACAGAACUCGGCCACCAUCACGGUGCAGCUGCCCAGUCCGUUCAACCGCAUGUACACGCUGGAGCAUUUCAACAACAGCAAGUCGUCCACUGUGUCCAGGCUGACCAAGGCCCAAGAGGAGAUCCGCCUGACCAACCUCUACACGCUCACCAACUACACCUACUGCGUGGUGUCUGCCAGCUCUGGGCUGCACCACAACCACACGUGCCUCACCAUCUACCUGCCCAGGCCGCCCAGCCCGCCCGGCCCCGUGCCCAGCCCCUCCACGGCCACCCACUACAUCAUGACCAUCCUGGGCUGUCUCUUCGGCAUGGUGCUGGUGCUGGGCGCCGUCUACUACUGUCUGCGCAAGCGCAGGCGCCAGGAGGAGCAGCACAAGAAGGCGGCGGCGGCAGCGGCGGCCGGCAGCCUCAAGAAGACCAUCAUCGAGCUCAAGUACGGGCCCGAGAUGGAGGCGCCCGGCCUGGCCCCUCUGUCCCAGGGCCCGCUGCUGGGCCCCGAGGCCGUGACCCGCAUCCCCUACCUGCCGGCGGCCACUGGCGAGGUAGAGCAGUACAAGCUGGCCGAGAGCGGGGAGACCCCCAAGGCCAGCAAGGGCAACUACAUGGAGGUGCGCACCGGGGAGCAGUCGGAGCGCAGGGACUGUGAGCUGGGCCGGCCGGGCCCCGACAGCCAGAGCUCGGUGGCCGAGAUCUCCACCAUCGCCAAGGAGGUGGACAAGGUCAACCAGAUCAUCAACAACUGCAUCGACGCGCUCAAGUCCGAGUCCACGGCCUUCCAGGGCGGCAAGUCCGGGGCUGUGUCCACCGCCGAGCCGCAGCUGGUGCUGCUGUCCGAGCCCCUGGCCGGCAAGCACGGCUUCCUGUCCCCUGUGUACAAGGACGCCUUUGGCCACGGCCUGCAGCGGCACCACAGCGUGGAGGCGGCCGGGCCUGCCCGCGCCGGCACCUCCACGGGCGCUGGCGGCGGCUCCGUGCGCAGCCCGCGGGCUUUCCGCACCGAGGCCACCAGCAUGCACAAGGUGGGGGCCAGCGAGGCCAAGUACAUCGAGAAGAGCUCCCCCGCCGCCGACGCCAUCCUCACUGUGACUCCCGCAGCCGCCGCGCUGCGGGCCGAGGCCGAGAAGGGCCGCCAGUACGGUGAGCACCGGCCACUUAGCGGUCACAGCCGCUGGACACUGCUGGCCCCCCUGACCCGGCCCCGGCCCCGAGACCUGGCCUACUCGCAGCUGUCCCCGCAGUACCACAACCUGAGCUACUCUUCCAGCCCCGAGUACGCCUGCCGCGCCUCCCACAGCAUCUGGGAGCGCUUCAGACUGAGCCGUCGGCGGCACAAGGACGACGAGGAGUUCAUGGCGGCCGGCCACGCCCUGCGCAAAAAGGUUCAGUUCGCCAAAGACGAGGAUCUGCACGACAUCCUGGACUACUGGAAGGGCGUGUCGGCCCAGCACAAGUCCUGAGCCCCAGGCCAGGCGCCCACCGGUGCCCACGCCCCGUCCUGCGCUCCCCCCGAAACUCGUGACGCCCACUGGACCAAAAAGGACACAAAUCCACUGCAGCUAUUUGUAACCCAGAGACUCUUACCACGACACGACACCACACACACACACACAUCGCACACGCACGCCAGGCGCACCGCCUGCUGAAGCCCGGCACCCCACAAAGCUGGGUGGGGUGCAGACAGUAAGCGGUGACGGGACCCUGACACGCGCACAGCAAGCAGCCAGUGUGUACACUGCUCACGCGCACUCACGCGCACACACGCACACACGAGGGACUUCCGAAAACUGUGUCUUAGGGAUGGGGGGUGGGGGUGGGGAUUUUUUUUUUUUUCAUUCUCUUUCCACUUGAUUCUUCUCUGCC